AUGGCCUUCUUCCAAGUACCUGCCACCAAAACCGCGCCGAAACACAAUGUUGACCCAGCACUGCAGCCUUGGGUCGAGAAGUAUCGCCCAAAAACCAUAGAUGAUAUCUCAUCGCAGGAUCAUACAGUAGCGGUCCUCAAGAAGACCCUGACUUCCACAAAUCUCCCCCACAUGUUGUUCUAUGGCCCUCCGGGGACCGGAAAGACUUCUACUAUCCUGGCAUUGUCUCGCCAACUCUUUGGGCCGGACAAUUUCAAAAAUCGAGUGCUAGAAUUGAACGCUUCCGAUGAACGUGGUAUUGCAAUUGUUCGAGAGAAGGUGAAGAACUUUGCUCGACAAACACCAAGAGCCCAGGCUGUCGCGUCCGAUGGCAAGGAAUAUCCGUGUCCCCCAUACAAGAUCAUUAUCCUAGAUGAAGCAGACUCCAUGACGCAGGAUGCACAAGGAGCUCUGCGCAGAAUCAUGGAGACAUACGCACGGAUAACUCGCUUCUGUUUGGUAUGCAACUAUGUAACGAGGAUUAUAGAACCUUUAGCCUCCCGUUGUUCAAAAUUUCGCUUCACGCCCUUAGACAGCGCGUCUGCGUCCGCAAGACUGACGAUGAUAUCGAGCGCGGAAAACAUUGGUGCAGACAGUUCAGUCAUAGACGCGUUGAUCACCACAUCCGGUGGUGAUUUGCGCCGCGCCAUCACGUACUUGCAAUCUGCGUCUCGCCUCGCUUCAUCAACGAACCCUCCUACUCUAAUAACAGCGAACGACAUCCAGGAGAUUGCUGGAGUCGUUCCCAACUCAGUUGUUUCGUCAUUUGCAAAUACCCUAGGUAUCGAGACUGAAACCGACAUGGAUACCGACGACAGAGAUCAGACGAAGGGGUUCGAGCCUAUCAAGAAGAAAGUCAAAGACCUGACGAUGGAGGGUUACUCUGCCUCCCAAAUACUAUCUCAACUUCACGACUUGAUCGUAUUGCACCCUACGCUUACUGGACGACAGAAAUCGCAGUGUGCUCUGAUCCUCGCUGAGGCCGACAAAGCUCUUUGUGACGGCGCGGAUGAAGAAUUAUGGAUACUAGACGUUGCCCUGAGAAUCAACAAAUCAUUGUCAUAG